CAUGCUUCGUCUUGUUCCGUCCCCUUCUCUCAUCCUUAUCCGUGCCUGACGCUGGUUUCUCCCCCUCCUCUUACGCCCGUCAAUACGCCGCCGCCAUCUGGCACAAUGUCGCGCCCGGAAGUCGCAAAUGAACUGCCCCAAAACACAGAUCUUACACGCCCAGCUAGCGACCCACUCUUGAGCCCUGGUCCUUCCACACAUGAGUAUGCAGCACACCCGCAUGAGCAGGACGGGGCGGUGAGCCCUCUUUUCGAGAACGUUGUGUUUUACCUCAACCCCUUUCUCGAGAAAGAAAGGUUGGCAGAGUUGGACUCGCUGCUAUGUGAACACGGCGCAUCAAGGUCCCGUUUGUUAUCGACCGAGGAUAGCGACGAAGGACAGAACAGCAUCGCAAACCCAACACAUAUCAUCACCGACGACCUGGAUCUCCCAGACUAUAAGCACGCUGCCGCAAGGGGUAUCCAAAUUGUCAAGCCGGAUUGGGUCUUGCGAUCGGUGCGCGCCCACAGUUUGCAAAACCCAAAAUAUUUUUCUCCGAAUCCAGCCAUGAUGUUUUCCGGGAUCAUACUGGCAACGACAGGUCUGCCACAAAUUGAUCGUCAACUUAUUCGCGAUGCUGUCGAGGAUUACGGUGGACUUUAUACGUCACAAAUUACGUCCGAUGUCACACACAUGCUUGCUAUCACGCCGGAAGGAGAGAAAUACGACUACAUUAUGGCGCACCCAGAAUUGGAGAUCAAAGUCGUGCUUCCGCAUUGGUUCCAAUUAUGUUGCAAUUUGAAGCGAGUCAUGCCAGAGGCUCCAUAUGAGUUUCCCAGCCCACCCAUGUAUGAUCCAGACUACGCCUGGCAGGAGCCACCCACAGGUUUCGCACCUCAACUCUACUCCAACAGUCUCAAACCGGUCACUGCUUUUCUUCAAACGCCAAAUGACCCCAGCAACCGAUUCUUAGAGGGGCUACAUAUUCUAUUGGGAGACGAUUUGGCUUUUAUUUUCCCGGAAAGAAGAGCCAAACUUGAGGAAAAAAUUGAAGCUGCAGGUGGCAUUCUUGCAAACGAGUAUUCUGGCGAUAUUGUAGACAUUCUUAUCUGUCGCUAUCGUUCCGGGACCGCAUAUAUAGGGGCUUCUAGGGACGGCAAGAUUGUUGGGUCGGUCGAUUGGCUGCUUCAUGUACUGCAAACCGGGACAUUACCUUCGCCAAAAGCGUGGUUACUCCAUUACCCUAUACCCCAAGGAUCCAUCGAAGGGUCAUCUUCACUCGUUAUCACCAUAUCCAACUACACCGGCCCAGUCCGCGAAUAUUUGAAGCGCAUGAUCGUUGCAAUAGGAGCAAUUUAUAAGCCGACGCUGUCGAGUUCAGAGUCGCCGGAGCCGACAACGCAUAUCAUUUGUGGAAAUGCUUCGGGUGACAAGUAUGAAAAGGGCCAUGAGUGGAAUGUUAAAAUCGUCAAUCAUCUAUGGCUUGAGGAGUGCUUCCAAGCUUGGACGUUGCAAAGUGAGACCAAGCCGCGCUACAUGUUGUUUCCAAGUCCCAACCAACUUUCACUCGUCUUUGGAGCCAAGCUCUUACCAGAGUCAGUGGAGGAUUGGAUCAAUAUCGCUGAAGAUGAGGAAAUCGCCAAGAGCGGAGUAAAGGCAAACGGCGACAUAGAGACGUCGCCCUCAACAUCCAAGGAUAAUGCUGACCCAUCAAAAUCCGUUCAGCAAGAACAGAAACAGGUUUCUUUCACUUUCGGCGAAGCGUGGUCAGGACCCUCGUCUCCUGUUACUUCGAAAGCGGCAUAUAUAAAGUCUUCUGGUGAUCCAAAGCAACCGACGUCUGACAUAUCAACCCCAGCAACCAGCGCGCCAUCCUCACCAACAAUAUCGCAUUCAACUGAGAGUCCAGAUUAUAUUAGCGUUCGGGGAACGUCAAAGAAGCGUGGCGCUGCACUACAAGCCAGUAAAGCACUACGAAAGAUUGUUCCGGAUAUGAACGAGUUCCAGGAGGAGCUCCGGGACGAGAAGAAGGCGUCGAAGAAAAAGAAGAAACAGGUGGUCAUGGAUAUGCCCAAGGACGACGAAUCUAUGGACGUGGACGUUGAUGAAGCUGCAGCUGUUCCUUCGUCGACGAAAAAAGUGGGCAAUUCUCCAACAAAGCGGCGACGGAUCAGUAUGGGUAGUGUCGACGAACGAAGCACUCCUGCGGGAAGCGGUGACGAUGAAGAUCAGGAACUUGAAGCGAAUACAAGCAGCCCUAGAAUGCCAUCCAAGAAACCGAGGAGAGCGGCAAAAUCAGAAAAGAACAAAGAUCGAGAGGAUUCUGCCAUGGAUACUUCUGGUACAGUAGAGCAAGGGGCCGGGGCAGCAGCAGGAAAGCUGAAACGCGUGCGGUAUAUCACAACGGGUGUCAAGGAGCAGAGUGCAGCGCAGGCCAAAGCCCUCAAGGCCCUUGGAAUCAUGCCAACAACCGCUGUUGAAAAGUGCACGCACUUGGUAGCCACAAGCAUCGCACGAACUGGCAAGUUUUUGAUAGCACUACUUCAAGGCAAGGCCAUCGUUCAUGAGGAUUGGCUUCAAGCCUGCAUAGAUGCCAAUGCCAUUCUUGAUGAGGACGACUUCCGGAUUAAGGAUUCAACAAACGAACAAAAGCUCGGAAUGGACCUUUACGAAUCUCUUGAUCGAGCCCGCGAGAAGCGAGUUUUUGAGAAUUGCGUCUUUUACCUAUCACCGUCCAUAAAACAGGAUAUGCCGGGACUCAAAUCAGUGGUGGAGGCUGGCGGCGGAAAGGCGUCGACGCUUCUUCAUACUGGAUUGGGAUUUCUGAGGGAUCGACUUGUGAAGUCCAGCAAGACCAAGACCGGUACCACGCCCGGGGUUACCAAAGGCAGGGGCGGAAGUCGUAAGAAGGACCACGACGGAGGUCAUAGUUCUCAUAGUGAUGGCGACGAUGGGGAAGAUCCUCGAGAGAAGGAAGGGAUUGUGGCCGUGGUCUCGAGCGAUAAGGACAAGGACAUGUGGCAGCCAAUCCUAGAUGCAGGCGCCCACAUUUACUCACACGAUUUGAUAUCGAUCAGUGUCUUGACACAGAGGCUGGACCUUGGCAAGACGCAUGCGCUCGCCUAAAGCUCACGCCAAUGUCGAUUGUUACCAGAUGACUUUUGGCCAUCAAAUAAAAAACGAUGUUCCCGCACGCAUCAAUUUUGUAC